AGACGAACAAAAACUUGGCGCCAAUUGAUCCCGCGAAUUUCAAAUUAAAAUCAACUAUUUUUUUCUAAGAACGAAGAGGAAAACAAUUUCUUCAUGAAUCAAAUGCCGGUUGUGUUUUUAAUAUUUUGAUUAGUAGAGCGGAAUCGGAGCCAUGGAGAAUUCGAGCUUCACCGAUUCUCAGGUUCCGCAUUCUUCGUUCUUGCAUUCGCCGUCUUCAGAGCCGCCUGAUAUCGGGAACUGGUUCUCGAGCUAUGAAUACGAAUCUCCGGAACUCGAUUCAAAUGACAAUUUUGGAGAUUCAGUUUCGAGAGAGAGAGAAUUUGAGGUCGGGGAAGAUGAGCAGACUGUGGGAGAGUUAAGGGAUAAUGUCACUAAGAUUGAAGAAGAAGAAGCUGCUAAGGAGCUUCCCGGAACUUGGAUUCCUUUGAAAUGCAAUUCGAGGGAAGAUCAUCGUGAAAGCCAGCUUCUAGGCAUGAAUCAAGAUUCUUGGUGCUCCCAGUCGCUUCUGUCAGAGCCUCCUGAUAUUGGGAACUGGUUUUCUAGUUAUGUCUAUGAAUCCCCUACAUUGAAUCCAAGCCAGGAAUUUGGAUAUUGUGAGAGUAAGAAAACAGGGUUGGGCCAUGAAAUAGAAGAGACUUUGGAUAAUGGAGGUGAAGGAGUACAGCUGAACCUGUUCGAAAUAUCCAAUGGCGAUUCCACGGGCAACAGACAGGAUAAUCAGCCCCCAAGCAAGCAGAAUUUGUUUUCUGAAAGAACUUCCGAGCAAGACCCGAAAGAGAAAACUAUGGGAACCAACGACAUCAGUCCAACCAAAGAAGUUCCAAUCUCAAACCUAACUACUGAAGAUCUUCAAUGUAAGUUCCAAGAAAGAGUUUUGCAAGAGAAUGGUCUUGUGCCACUGCAUAAAAAUAGAAGUUCAAAUGAUGGUAAUAGCAAGCCUCCAACUCAUACAAAUUUGAUCCAUAAGAUCGAUCCGAUCCUGGAAAAUUCUGAAACUAAAAGUGAGGUCCAACCACAACUUAAGGGCUCAAACCAUAUGCCUUGUGUUUUUCCCAAUGUAAGGGAACCAAAUGAUCUAAGCCACAACAAAGAAAACAAAGAGAGAGGAGUUUCAAAUGUUGGUUUUAUUACUGCAAACAAGCGUGGGUUUUCUGAAGCAACAUGCAAGAAAUCAGUGGAAAUGCAAGAGAACUACAAUAAUAAAGAGGCAGGAAGAGCUUUUGCUUGUUUAAGAAGAAAGGGACUGUCAGACAAAACCAAUACUGAGCACUCUAAUAUCAUAGAGGUAAUUGGGAAGUGGAGUUGUCCUCAGAAGAGUAAGCCAAAUCUCGGACCGCCAUUGAAGCAGCUUCGACUUGAAAGAUGGGUUUGCAGAAAAUAGAACUUCCAAAACGAUUAUGGUAUGCGAAUCUUCUCCUUUUACAAAUCUUCCCAUUGUGUUAGGCCGUUAGCUUCUCCACUGUAUAUUCUUUUUGUUGUAAGGUAUAAGUAGACAAUCAACCAUUGACAAGAAAGUGAUGGAGGUUCUUGCAAAAAAGUUUUGCCAUUUCCCUUCUUUCCACAGAUGAUAUAAUAUUAAAAAAAUUUCAAUUCAAUCA